AUGGAUCUCGUCAACAGUCUCGAAGGCCGUCUUUUGUUUGCUGUCCCCAAGAAGGGCCGACUCAAUGCUGCUACACUUAACCUCCUCGAGGGCGCCGACGUCCAAUUCCGCCGCGAGAACCGCCUCGAUAUCGCUCUCGUAAAGAACCUCCCAAUCGCUCUGAUCUUUCUCCCCGCUGCCGACAUUCCCACCUUUGUUGGCGAAGGCCGUUGCGAUCUCGGAAUCACUGGAUGGGACCAAGUUCAGGAACACGAUGCUUCGGUUCGCGCGUACAAUCAGUUGCGACGCAGCUCAGUUGACCUGACUUCUACCGAGGACAAGGUUGCUGGUUCUGACAUGGUCAUGGAGCUGGGCUUUGGAAGCUGCAAGCUCCAGGUUCAGGUGCCCGAGAAGGGCCAGUACAAGACCCCCCAGGAUCUUGUCGGCAAGACCAUUGGGACCAGCUUUGUCAACCUUGCUGCCGACUACUUCCUCAAGCUCGAGCAGGGUGACAACGCCGAUGGCGAAUUGUCUCCCCGUAAGAUGCGCACCAAGAUUGUAGAAUUGAGUGGCAGUGUCGAGGCCGCUUGUGCUCUUGGUGUUGCCGAGGGUAUUGUUGAUCUCGUUGAAUCCGGAGAGACUAUGAGGGCUGCUGGCCUCAAGGCCAUUGAUACCGUGGUUGACUCGACUGCUGUGCUGAUCAAGUCGAGAACGCCCUCCAACCCCGAGCUUAUUGACCUCAUCACUUCACGUAUCCGAGGCGUCAUUACCGCAAAGAGCUACGUCCUUUGCCAAUACAACAUAGAGCGAAGCCGUCUGGUCGAGGCAACCAAGAUCACUCCUGGGAAGCGAUCAGCCACUGUUACGACUCUCGAUGAGGAGGGCUGGGUCGCUGUCAGCUCCAUGGUUGAGAAGAAGAAGAUUGCUCUCGUGAUGGACGAUCUGACCCGGCUGGGCGCUGAGGACAUUCUUGUACUUGAUAUUCACAACGCACGAUAA